CAUCACUCGCUCUCUUCAUCGCAUCAUCCUCUUUCGACCAUCUUUACUCUCUUUUUUUUCCAGUUUUCUCAACAAUAUUAAAACCUGUUGUAUCUUUUUUUUUCAAAUACUCAUGUUAAGAAAGACAAGAUCUUGAUGUUCAGACAUUAAUGUCUCCAGUGAUUAGCGAAGCACUUAGAUCUGGCUUAACUAUAGAUUCAUCUCUUAGACGCAGGACCCAUCUUGUUCAAUCUUUCUCCGUCGUUUUUCUUUACUGGUUCUAUGUUUUCUCAGAAAUCAUCUCUCCUUUAGCCAUAACAUAUAGCCUAUAAACUAUAUAUUAUAUCACCUUUCCAGAUAGUUUUUGUUUAACCUUAAUCUAUCAGGGUCCUGCGUCUUUUCAGUUGAACUAGUGUUUUUUUCGUGUCUUUUUUUAUUUUAUUUUAAUUUGGGUUGUUUGAUGAUGAAUAAACCGGAGAUGAGAUCGUGUAUGACCUGUAACUGGUCGCCGGUUUUAACGACCAGUUUACCAAACUCCGGUUCGGAGUCCGAUCUCGUGCAACGUGAUCUGAUCAACGAGCGGAAGAGGAAGAGGCUGGAGUCCAACAGAGAGUCGGCAAGGAGGUCGAGGAUGAGGAAGCGGGAGCAUCUGGUGGGUCUAACCACUCAGCUCGAGCAGCUGCGCAAGGAUAACCGCAAGGCCACCAUCGCGAUCGAUGUCACGACGGAGCACUACGACAAGAUGGAGGCGGAGAACUCCGUUAUGAGAGCUCAGGUGACCGAGCUAAACCAUCGCCUGAAUUCCCUCAACCAGAUCAUCGCUUUUCCAGAGUCUUACUCCUCCGCCGCCGGAGAGUUUGGGAUGGUGACGGGCCACUCCGCCGCCGGAGGGUUUGGAAUGGAGACGGGUCACUCCGCCGCUGAAGGUUUUGGGAUGGAGGCUGCUCCCUCCGCCGCCGGAGGGUUUGGGAUGGAGACGGGUCAGUCCGCCACCGGAGGUUUUGGGGUGCCGUCAGCUCCCUCCGCCGCCGGAGGAUUUGAGAUGGAGACGGGUGAUUACGCCGCCGGAGGAUUUGGGAUGGCGACAGCUCCCUCCGCCGCCGGAGUAUUUGGAAUGGCGACUGCUCCCUCCGCCGCCGGAGGAUUUGAGAUGGACACCGCCGCUGGAGGAUUUGGGGUGGCGACAGUUCCCUCCGCCGCCGGAGUAUUUGGAAUGGAGAAUGCUCCCUCCGCCGCCGCCGGAGGAUUUGAGAUGGAGACUUGUCAGGGAGGAGGAGUAACCGAUUACGUCGAUGACUGGAGUAGCGGAGGAGGAGGUGGAUUUUACGACGAUGGCUGGAGCAGCGGAGGAGGAGGUGGAUUUUACGACGGAGGAGAGAUGGACCCUUUCGAUCUAGGGUUUUAUGACGAACCACCAAACAUGGCUUCUGCUUCUGCUGGCGUUGGUGAUGUUCUCAACUUUUGGUAACUCAAUGUCACAAUCACCAUCAUCUAGAGAGAGACGAAUAUGACUGACAUCAGGGGGUAAACUUGUAAUAAUCUUAUUAUAGAUGAUGUGAUGCUGGGUGUUUAGAUUAUAAGAUAAAGUUAACUAAGGCUUAAUCAGUGUUGUAAUGGACAUAAAUGUGUAGUAUGAAGAUGGUGAUGUGAU